AAUCUAACUCCAUGUGGACAGAGAGGGUUUGUAAACAUGUCUUCGCGAAGGCCAGAGAGACAGGCGCCUCCUGAAGUGUAUUAUGGAAUAGAUGAGGCAAGGAAAUAUACUCAAAACACACGUAUAAUUGAAGUCCAAGAGAAAUGUACCCAACGUGCCUUAGAAUUGCUGGCUCUUCCAGAGGACACACCAGCUCUCCUGCUCGACCUGGGCUGUGGGUCAGGACUCUCUGGGGAAACAAUCACGGACAAUGGCCACAUGUGGGUGGGCAUGGACAUAUCUCCAGCUAUGUUAGACACUGCUCUGGAGAGAGAGGUUGAAGGAGAUAUUCUACUAGGAGACAUAGGCCAGGGAGUUCCUUUCCGGGCCGGCAUGUUUGAUGGUGCAAUAAGUAUAUCAGCAGUCCAGUGGCUAUGCUAUGCUGACACAGCGAGCCACAAACCUGCUAAGCGUCUCUACAAAUUAUUUAUGUCUCUGUAUGCAAGUCUGUCUAGAGGAAGCCGUGCAGUGUUCCAGUUUUACCCAGAGAAUGACGCACAGGUGGAACUGAUCAUUAGCCAAGCAAUGCGAGCUGGAUUUACAGGUGGUCUUGUGGUUGACUUCCCGAAUUCGAGCAAGGCAAAGAAGAUUUACCUUGUAUUAAUGACUGGAGGGAAUGCCCAGUUACCGAAAGGACUAGAGGAAGAAGGAGUUAGCAAGACACAGGCACUUUUCCAGCGGAGGGAACGCAUGAAACAGAUUCGUGGAAAGUCUGUUAAGGGACGUUCCUGGGUCAUGCAUAAGAAGGAAAGAAUGAGGAACCAAGGCAAGAAAGUGUGUAAUGACUCAAAAUACACUGGCAGAAAGAGAAGUGGCAGAUUUUAGUUAAUUGUUAUUGCUAGGUUUUGUCAAAGUAAUAUAUAUUUAUUAUAUUAGCAGUGAAUCAUUGAUAACAAAUUUAGGAUUAUGAUAUUGGCAAGUACAUAUGAUUCAAAUGUUUAUGUAUUUUUUUCUCCUUGUUUUUCUUUAUUUUGGUUGUUAAUCUGUUCUUGAAUUUGAUAUUUGGAAACCACUUUUCAGAAUUAUAUUCCUGAACCUGAAUAUCAAUGUCAAAGUGUCUUUAAUACAAAUCAAUACUAUUA